AUGGCUUGUGUGGCUUACGGCUGUAACAGCCAUAGUUCAAAGAAAAGUCAAGAUAAUCCAAAUGUAACAUUUCACAGAUUUCCUGUAGAUCACAAUGAAAGGAAGCUUUGGAUAAAAGCUUUAAGGCGCGACAAUUGGGAACCCACUAAAUAUUCCCGUCUCUGCUCAAAGCAUUUUGCACCUGAGUGUUACAUUCAAGGGUCGAAAAGGAAGACCUUGCGUACUGGCGCUGUGCCUACAAAAUUUGAAGGUUUUACUUACUUUAAAACGAUAACA